CUGAACGCUGACCAAGAACACUAAACAAUGAUGAAUUAGGAGACAUGGAAGGCACAGAUUAACAUAUCACAAAUCGCUAGACUUCACUCGAAUGUUUACAAGUCUCAUCCAUGGUCCGCAACUGCCCUAAAGCGCCAGCUUGAGGAAAGCAACACCUGGCCAGACAGCCGCAGUAGACCUGCGCGUCAUUCGCAAUUGCCUUACACGUUAUUUGCAUGCGCGAUUGAGGAAUCUUUCAACUCGUCAACAUGUCGAAUCUCAAUCCGGAGACAGCCUCGGUCCUUACGCAUACGACAUCGAGGACAGCAUCUGGUGGCCGCGCACCGCAGUUUACAUUGGAGACCUUCUCGAGUAAAGACUUCAUCGUGAAGGACUUCAUCGAAGAACUCUCCGAUAGCGCCGUACCUGGUUCUCGAAAGUCAGUACCAGCCUCCAGUCAGCAGGCGUUCGACCCAAAGCCCCUGAUCCGCACCUUCGAGCAUGCCCUGAACCGUCUGAACAGUCAGUCCGAGGACCUGGAAGAGAGGGAGAAUGAGCUGUCAGGAGCCGUCAGACGUGCUGAGGCUCAACACAACCAGAAUGUUGAGUCCCUAGGGCGGAGGCUCGAGCAGGCCAUCGAUCGCUUCCAAAGGCUAGACAGCUCGCUCAAUGGCGGUGAUGAUGGAGGGUCGGAUUCCGGAGGCAACAUCGCCAUGCGCAUCGGAGAGAGGCUGGAAGAGCUGGAUCGCCAGCGCAAGAGGGCCAUGGACGCCAAGUUCCUGAUCGAAUGCUGGCAAGAGGUCAGUGAGCGAGGUGAGCUCAACAUUUUGGAAGACCAUCGCAGAAGUGGUGGCAUUGUGCGUUGCGCCGAGAUCGCACGCCAGCUGCUGAGGAUCAGCGCACGUCUUGACCCCGAGAAUAACCAACGUGCCAACGGUGUGGAACUGAACGGCAACAAGAGGAAGACUAUGGCACAGCAGAAACACAACACCAGAGAGGUCAUCGAGAAGUUCCUGGAGAACUUGGAGCAAGAUUUGCUCAGCAAGUUCGACGAGUGCUACAGAAGGCCGAAUUACGAUGGCAUGCGCGACUGCGCAGUUGCACUGAGAGGCUUCAGUGAUGGAUCCAGUGUCAUUGCGACUUACAUCAGCCAGCAUUCAUUCUUUAUCGACCGCCAUCAGCUUGUCUCAGAGGAGCUUGCGCUGAACGACGAGGCAUGGGAUGCCCUUCAAGAUCCGGAUAUGGAACCGCCAUCUGUUGAGCCUACAUUACAGUCCUUGAUUGAUGAGGUCAGAAUUGUCGUGCAAGAAGAGUCUGCGAUUAUCAAGCGAGCGUUCCCUUACUAUGAAGAGGUACUCAUCAGAUUCGUCGAGCGCAUUUUCCAGCAGUCGAUACAGCAGCGGCUUGAGAUGGUGUUGGACAAAGCAAACGAUCUAUCAAGUCUCGCGUUCUUGCGUGCGUUGGCAGCAUCAAGAGCGUACAUCACACAACUUGUUGAAGAUCUGAAAGCACAUGGGUUGACAGAACACCCUGAGCCUGUUACAUCACAGGUCGCGGCUACCUUAGAUCAGCAACUUGAGGAGCUCUUCUCUCGAUACUUUAUUGGAUCGUCAUACAUCGAGCGAGAAAAGAAGAAUUUAGAAGAGUUGUACUCGUCCCUUCUUCUCAAGUUCACAAUUUACCACUCCCGCCGGAGAAAGAUGCCCACGUCAUACUUCGGGUCAUUGGCGCAACGAGGUAAAGAGCUUGCAUCCUCUGCGCGAGAUGCGUACAUGGACCGAUUAGAAAGUACGGACUUGCCUGCCAGUCAAAAAGCGACUCUUCUUCGAAUUGCUGGUGUAAAAGACGAUCAGCAAGACAAAAAGGACAUCGAGGUGACAGAUGAGGAUGGAAGGUUGUCUUUGGCAACCGCGAAGCGUAUGCUGAAGUGGUUGGCUGAAGGUGUCGGACGCGGGUUGGAGUUGUCACCAGGCAACGAGACGCCCAAGGACGUGCAAAACCUGCUGAAUCUGUUAUUGCAGCAGAUGGGUGAGAUUUACCUUGAGACCGCUCUUGACGCUGCCUCCGAUCACGCUGCUUCACAAGAGAACUCGAAGACACCACCGGAUCUCGUCCACCUUUCAUCACUCCACGUUAUAACCACGAUCCUACAUCUCCUUCAGCAAACCAUUACCACAAUCUUGCUUCCGCUCUGCACGCCAAAUCUGACAAUUCGACGUGAAAUCGAAAAGUCGACCAAUACUACAAUGGCAACACUGGAAGCAAAACUGUCCAACAUCCUGAACCUCACCCUGACAGCAUCACUCAACUGGGUGAGCAGAUGUCUAGCACAGCAGAAGAAGACCGACUUCCGACCCAAAGACGAUGCAGACCUCAUGGUCACAAGCGAGACAGCAGCCUGCCGCGAAGUCGCCGCUUUCCUCACUCGCGUCGCCCAACAAGCGAGCGGUGCACUCUCUGGUCGUAACUUGUCGCUCUUCCUUGCAGAGCUCGCUCGUGGCCUGCGUGCGCUCGUCUUGGCGAACUUGCUCAAGUUCACUGUGUCUCAGGUCGGUGGACUUAGUGUGUCGAAGGACAUGAACCGGUACGGAGAGCUUGUACGGGGUUGGCCCACUGGUGAUGAGUUGGAGCCGGGCGCUAUGGAUGUGCUGAGUGGUGUGAGCACACUGUUCAUUAUCGGGCCGGAGGCUCUGAGAGAUAGGGUAAGAGGUGCGGGACAAGAUGCUCAAGAGUUGAAGUUGUUCAUCGGUAGAAGAGAGGACGUGAGUAGUGUUGGCGUGCAGAGUGUGCUCAACGGAAUGUAACCUGAAGAGGAGGUACAUCGUCAGAUGCAACGAUGUCUUUGCCAUGCCAUACCCAAGCGAUUUAUAAAGUCUCUUAACUCUCCAACUAACUCUCCAAC